UUUCUAUCCGUCUCCCUUGUCAUUUUACUUCCCCGGAGUAUUCUUCCCUACCUGUAUUAGUAUGAAUAAUCCUACCACUUUACCCGUGUCCAAUUAUUCGUUCCCUACACACUUUCUCAACCGCACUCAGCUACAAGAAAGUGCAGCAGAGGGCAUAUCUGCAUGCUGAAAUCAAACACACUGACCCCACUGGCAUUGAGUACCAUCACAAAGAGACGCUUCUCCAUGGCAUGGUACUGCUCCGGCUCGACCAAUACAGAAUUGGUCGAGAAUUUAUUCAAAGUCGGCCUCAUCAAGGAUGAACGAGUGAAGGAUGCCAUGAUAGGAGUCGAUCGUGCCCAUUAUGCCCCCUCAAGACCAUAUUCAGACUCGCCGCAACCAAUUGGCUACGAUGCGACAAUCUCAGCCCCGCACAUGCACGGCCACGCGUGCGAGUAUCUUAUGGAUUAUCUUAAGCCCGGACAUCGGGUGCUUGAUAUUGGAUCUGGCUCUGGGUAUCUAACCCAUGUCCUCGCGAAUCUGGUUACCGAGUCACCGUCCUCUGGCGGCCAUCUAGGCGGUCAAGUGGUUGGAAUUGAUCAUAUAAAUGAGCUAGUUGAUAUGGCCCGCAACAAUAUGCAUAAGUCGGACCAAGGCCGCAAGUUCCUGGAAUCUGGUCAGGUGAAGUUCAUCACAGCAGAUGGUCGCCUGGGAUGGAAGGAAGAAGCACCUUAUGAUGCGAUUCAUGUUGGUGCAGCAGCAAAGGAACUUCCUUCUGUUUUGGUCGAUCAACUCCAAGCGCCUGGGCGAAUGUUCAUUCCCGUGGACACAGAAGACGAUGGAAGCUCCAUCGAGGCCCUUGGAUUGGGUGGAGGCCAGUACAUCUGGGUAGUAGACAAAAAAGAAGAUGGGUCUGUUCAUAAGGAGAAGGUCUUCCAGGUUAGCUAUGUACCUCUGACUGACGCACCACGCGGAUGAAAUAAUCUGCGACUGGGAAUUUGUACACAGAAAUAAAUGGGCGAAGUCUCUUUUAUUAUUUUCACAUUGAAUCUAUCUUUCUCGUAUUGCCUAGUGUCUAUUUAUACAUGCAUUUAGGAAGCCCUAGGCUACUGACGACAUAUUUACUGCUGGGUAAACUUAUCAUGUGAAUUCGGAAUUAUCUUGCCCACAAAGGCACAAGGAAAAAAAAAAAAAAAAAAAAAAAAAAAA